AUCAUGGCGGACCUCUCAACAUUGAAUGGAUAUAUGGAUUCACACUCUUCCCUUCUGCAUCACAUGAUGACGUAGAUAAGAGAUGUAGCAGGACAGUGGUGAAACAUGAACCGCCACCACUACCACCUACCUGGCCACUACCUUAGUCAAAAGAGAUACUCAGUCCGUCCCCUAGACUAUCCAGAGCUUCAAGUCACUGGUGCAACGCUCCUCAACACUGGACUACAUGUGUACGACACUGCUUAUAAAGUCAGACAUGACCCAGAUCAUGAGAGUAUCAAAUCAGUGUUGGCAAGACUUGAGAACUACCAGCAUCACCGUGGCCUGCCACCGGUGUGUGUGGUCUGUGAGUGUCAGAGAAAUGUGCAGGCAGCCAGCAAAGCCAAGUCAGCACUGAUGGCUUUUGACAGCGGGGACAGUGACACUGACAGUGAUGAUGAAGAUGCUCUGACAAUCGAUAACAUGUUGAGAUUAAUGGAGCGGUAUAUGACGCGUGCAACGAGUGCCUCUCAGAUGAAAACGAUGGUCAGACUCAUCAACAACCACACCAUAACAGACUAUAUCACAGCAGAACAAGUCAUGAAGCUGCAAGCACUGUUACGCAGAACCAAACCAGAGCUUCGAGAAGCAGGUCUGCUGUUGAUAGAACAGCUCUGUUGUAAGGAGGACAACGCCGUCAUCAUGGCUGAAGAGGAAAUAUUCAAUGAUCUUCUGACAGUUCUCUCAUCACCUCACAGCAUCAGGGUCCAGGUGGCUGCACUCAAGGCAGCAGAAAAGCUGUUCUCUCAUAGUCAAGUUGCUGACAAGCUGACAGAGGCAGUAGAUGAAGUAUUGAUGGCAGUGUUGUUGAGAGUUCUCUAUAGUGAUCACCCACUGGAGAUGAAAUAUGCCAGCUGCUGCGUGCUCCGUACACUGUCAAAACAUGAGAGCACUGCUGGACUCGUGGGUCAGGAACUUCUCUUCAUUGUCAAAGAAUUAAAGGAGAGCAGCUCCAAAAUGAAGGAAGUAUUUGUAGAGAUUGUGAUCAACCUGUAUCGUCAAACCGAUGUUAUAUACCCAGAUAUGAUUGAUAAGAAUAUCAUCAGAUCUACCACAUCCAUGAUUGUUGACGGACCAUGUGGUGUGCAGCGGCAAGCUCUCUACUUGGUGUGUUGUUUGGUGGAGGAUGAGGCUGAAAUAGCCAACGUCAUCAGUAACAAGGAUCUGAUGCUGUAUGUGAUGCAGCUGAUGAGAGACUCCAAAUGUAGGAAAGUGCGUGAGGUUGCAGGGAAAAUAGUACAGACGAUGUGUGGGUGUCGUAAAGGCUCGCUAGCCCGCACAGUGAUGGAACACUUCACAGCAUUCCUGCACCCAGAGGAAGAUGACAUCCAUCAAGCUGGGGACACAACAGCACGGGGGUCAGCCAGAAUUGUCUACCCAGUGAGAGUAAAACACCAGGCAGAGGCACGGAACUGGCAGUCAUUUGAUGAGUUCCUGGCUCUUAUUGGGAAACUUAUAACUAAACAUGCAAUGAUAAAACAGGAUCCGUUAAGCAAGCAGUUGAUGAUAGAUGACAACCCAACCACGGAGUGGAACUGUCACCAACUUGGUUACCUAGCAGCACUUGUUGCCAUAGUAACCAAACUCACCCAGUGGCCUGUUGAACGAUCAAAGACAGUCCAGAAAUUAGAUCCAUCAGACUUGACAGAUGAUGAAAACCUGAGAAACAAACUCAAAGGUGUAAAUCGACAGAUUACAGCAGAAGUUUGGACAACUUGUGGCCGUCAAGUUGCUGUUCUUCUAUCCAAAUUCGCAGAAAAAGUUCAAAUUCGAUGCAAUCCCUUGUCAGCCCGUCCCGGGUCCCGGCAAUCCAUGCGAUGUCCUUCACCCAUGUCGGGUCGGAGGAGCAAGACUCCUCGAGGUGACAUCCUGAGUGAUUCGGAAAUCAACCUCGUGAAAAGUCUCUUGGAAUUUUUCCUGUUCAUUUCAGUGGCUACAUGCACAAACAAGAAAUUCAUAAAAAACACUGACAUUGUUGUUGAGAAACCAGAAAGAGAGUCUGUUCAGCGUUCUAGGGAAGGAUUGUGGGUAAUGGAGAAUCCCCACCUUACACAUAGUAUAGAACGACAGUCGAUGACGGAUACAAUGGAGGUGGUGGAGAGAAGACAGCAGGAGCUGGCAGAGAAAGAAGCCAGUGCAGAUCGGAGGUUGCUACGGAAAGGCCUGUACGAAGAAGACCUCUUCAGAUUUGUCUCUCCGUUUGUUACUUUUGAGAAUGAAGAUUUGAGGGAGACAGCGGCCAUGAUCUUGAGGUGUGGUAUUCAGCCUCUAGAUGAAAAGCUAGUGACCUCAGACCUCCAGACAUCAAACACUGGAACUGCGAAUGUCUACAAGCCUAGGCUCAGACCACAGUCUGCCAAGACGCACAAGGAGCGUGACAGGAAGGUGAACAUUGCACUGUACAGAAUGUCCCCUGAUGUGUCAGGGAUGAUGAGGACAGCCAUAGGGUCUCGACCCUCGUCAGCUGAUACGUACAAUGUGAGUCAAAGGAACAGAUCAGUUUCUAAGUUUGGUCGUGGUCAGCCGACAAUUGACCUGACCCAGCCGAUUGCCCAGCAGUGUCGGAAGGUGACAGUGGACAACUGUGGCAGUCAACUCCUGCAAGGACUGUUCAGCAAGUCUCGAGAUGUGCGGAAGAGUUGUCUCCUCUUGAUCCAUGACCUUGUCAAUCAUGGAAAUGUGGAAACUCACAUGCAGCUGUCGGAGCUGGGGUGUAUCCCUCGCCUUAUUGACUUCCUGCGCAUCAACGAAGACGACGAGAUGCUGGAGAUUAUUGCUAUCAUCUUGGCGAGGAUGCUGAUUACUAGCGACUAUCAUUAGCCUGAAGCAGCUGUUCAAUGCCACGGUGGGGCCAACCUGCUGCUGUCCAUGUCACAGAACUGCAGUGGGGUGCUGAAAGAGGAGAUCAAAUCUACCUUGACAGCUCUCACACAAGGCAUGUCCCGUCAGAGACCAAGCUCAGCACCAGCUCAACGUCCUGGUGAAGGGAAGGAGCCCGACAUCUGGGAUAAUAUAAUGGAGAGGUGGCAUUACGAGGACAAGGUGGUGCAAGUCUUUCAGAAGUGGAUGUAGAGGAUGAAGAAUCUCAUUGUUGACUUGACUGUUUGGUUUAACCAGUUGCCUUGGCAAUACAACUCUUUACACUGCAACCACUGAUUGUCAAUAUUUUUUGUGUUUAUAAUAGCUGCUGAGACCAAAUUGUGAACUUCCAAUAUAAAAUUUUAUUACCCAUUCAUUAUAUGUUAAAUUUCCUAAAAUAUAUGUCAGUUGUCUGUGAUUUUGUUAACUUUAUAUGAUCUUUUAUAGUUAUUUAUAUAUACAGCAUUAUUAACACAUGCUGUUUGGUACAUUCUGUUUGACAAGGAUUACCAUCUCAACAUUAGCAUCUGUUACAAGAAUGCUAAACCAUCUGCAUCCCUAUUGAAACCACACCUCAUCAGAAAUGUGCACUAACAUACUCCCACCAAACAUUCAUGGGAAUCCACUUUGUUGACACUUCAUAUACACAGGUGUCUUGAACAGUUUGUUUUGAGAAAAUAAUUAGACAAAAUAAAGUGCCUCCUGUAUCACUUUUAAGGAAAGUUUGUCUGAAAGCUAAUAGUUAAUUUAUUGCAGCCUAGUGGUUUAGAAAUGUCCCAAAUAGAAAUGGAUUUUAAUAGAAGAAAUGAAUAAUGUCUCAUUUAAAUAAAAAUCUUAUAAGAAAGAAUUGUUAAAGAAAUACGCUAAUAUUUUGUUAGUGUGUAUAACUGUGAUAUUUCCUCUGAAGUCAUAAGAUGAAGAAUACUUACACUUUCAGGACUGACUAUUGGGGUCAUCAAAAGGUGAUCUGAGUUUUACCAUGUUGAAAAUACAUGCAAGUAUUACCCCAAUUUCAGUGAUAUAAUUGAUGCUUUACUUCAUAAUGAUACAUUUUCAUGUGAAACACAUGGAUAGAUUUUGUCAUAUUUGUUUGACUAUUUGUGGCCUAAGAGACUUACUGUCAAAACAAUAACAAACAUGUAUGAGAAAGUUUAGAAUCUUGUUGUUUUUCUACAAGUCAACUACAGAUAUAAUGAAGAUUUAGUGUGCUGUGCACACAUUUAACAGGUCCAGUAUACGCAAAUUUAGUGUAGAUUGUUAUCAAUGUGAUACUCUGUGAUUGUGAUAUAUAAGAUCUGCUGAUCUUGUUACUAUUGAUUCUUACAAUUGUUGAUCUCAACACAUAGUGGUAGUUUACAAAGUUUAGAGUCUUUACUCCAGUGUUAUCAACCUAAGAACAGAUUGCUUUGAUGUUGAUAUUCUAUUGUUGUUGUUCUUCCUUUUACAUUUUAGCUUUAAGACUAACUUGUUAUGACAUAGUGGCUUGUUUUUAUUAUAGUUCUAUUUUUACAAAUCCUUGUAUGUUUAGUUCCUAUUGGAACCAGUUGGUGAUUUAUGAUUGAAUGUGAAUUCUGCAAAUAUUGAUCUUAUGCAAACCUUUGAUUGUCAAUAGUCUUGCCUAAAUAAACUGUGCCUUAGUCAUUUUGAAAUAUUAUAUACAAGAUACAGAGAGGAAGUCCCAGUUUUACCCACAUAUCUGUUUUUAUGUUGAUUUAGAGGAGAUCUUCAUCAAUCCUUGUGACUAGACUGCUAUCAAUCAUUUAUUGGUCAUUUAUUGGAUGACAGAAAUGUGGCAGAGAUGUUAUAUUCAUGAAAACUCAACAGCACCUCUUCUAGAUCACUCCCAAUACAAGUGAUUGUCAAGUUUUAUCAUAUCCCUCCCCAAGGAUAGAUUAAAAUCAUGCCAAUAUGUUACUAUUUAAGAACUUCCCAUUCUUUCACAGCCCUCCUGGGUCUGUCUUGUUUGUUUAUGUCUGCGUCAGUAAUAUGUAUCUAUAUAUGUUAUAUAUAUUAUACAAGUUUAAUACAAUUUCAGCUAGCAGUAAAGGGAUUUGUAAAGACACUUGUCCAUGAUAGGGGCAGGAGCUUUUGUGUCCUGUUUGGUCACUAGUCUUAGGCAUUACAUGUGAAAUUUACUGCAUUAGUUUGCGAUAAAGAAAGUGAUGGUGGUGUUGAAGCAGGUGACAUUUGAUAUUUCAGGAUUGUAUGGUUUAAAUCAGGAAACAGGAAACAGAUCCAGACAAUUGUAAAUCUUUAUGCCAACGGUUUUCUUACCACUGUUUUUGUCCCUGGUUAGAAAGAAGAGAUUGAAAGGGUAAACUGAGGAUUAUAAUGAGAACUUCAGAAAUACUGAUUGUCAUUUUAUCAUUUUGAAUCAGUAUGACUGGAGAGAACUGUUAAACCAUUUGUUGUUCUAAACAAGUAAUAUAUAUAUUGGUCAUGUUGUCACAGUAUAUCCAAAAUACUGAAACUGUUUAAACAAAACAUUGUUACUUUUUUUCUUUGACUGAAACUUCAGCCAGUACAGUGAUGAAUUAUGUCAUAAUGUUUUUUUUGAAAACUUAAGAUAUUGUUAUGAAAACAUUCAACCACAAGCACUUGACAUUGCUCAAAUUCCACAUGUCUUAAUUUUAUGUACUUACCGGUUAAACAGAAAUAAAUAAUGUUAGAUUCAUCAGA